ACACAAGUUGUACAUGCAGGACCGGUAUAUAAAUAUGGACAUUCGAGAGUGAAAUUACACACAUUCGACUUAAUUGCUGAAUCUCAUCAUGCAAUACGGAAUACUAGCAGUUUGCGUUAUACUUGGUGUGUUGGCAGUAUCUGACUCCAGGAGUCCACCAAGACCUUCAGUUUGUAAUAUGGACUACCGACCUGUAUGUGGCAAAGACAAUAAAACAUACAGCAAUGCCUGCAGAGCCCGAGCAGCAGGUGUUCCUAUUGCUAGCCAAGGAAAAUGUAAAGUUUGUCCAUGUCAAAAAAUAAUGAAACCAGUUUGCGGAGUGAACGAAGUCACUUAUGAUAAUGAAUGCCUUGCCAAUUGCGCAGGUGUUACCUUUUUCCCAGGACCAUGCAAGAGAAGCUAAGCAUAGAGAACAUGCAACUGAGUGGUGCUGAUAUUUAACCUUUCAGCAGUCAUUUAUUGAAAUCUUGGAAAAAAGGAAAUUAUAAAAUAUCAGCCAAUUAAAGGAAU